AUGUUCCAUUCUUUUCAAGGUUAUAAAUAUAUAUGCCAGUUACUGGAUGAGCGGUAUCAGUCUAUCUAUCUAUCAUCUAUCUAUCUAUCUCAUCUCAUCUCUCUCUCUCUCUCUCUCUCUAUCUAUCUAUCUAUGUUUUUACAUAUGGUGUUCAAGUAUCUAUCUAUCUAUCUAUCUAUCUAUCUAUCUAUGACGGCAAAUGUCUGUUCACUUCUAUUUCACCCUCGACUGUUUUUCUUGUCUGUCUGUCUCAAGAUAUUUAUCUGUCAGUUUCUUAAUCUCUCUUAUACAUAUUCUUUUUACACUAUGCGAGUAGAGAUAGCUCUCUCUCUCUCCUUCUCUCUCACCCUCUCUCUCUUUCUCUCUAUCUCCUUCCCUCUUCCACCUUCUCUUCUCUCUUCCUCUCUCUUUCUCUCUCACCCUCCCUCUUCCUCUCUCUUUCUCUCUUUCCUUUCUCUCAUCCUCUCUCUCCUUCUCUCUCCCUCUCUCUUUCUCUCUCUCAACCUCUCUCUCCUUGUUUCUCUCUCUCCUCACCCUUCUCUCUCCCUCUCUCUCACCCUCUCUCUUUCUCUCUCCUCACCAUCUCUCCUUCUUUCUCUUUCUCUCCCUCUCUCUCACCCUCUCUCUUUCUCAACCUCUCUCUCUCUCUUUCUCUCUCCUCACCCUCUCUCCUUCUUUCUCUUUCUCUCCCUCUCUCUUUCUCUCUCUCACCUCUCUCUCAACCUCUCUAUCCCUCUUUCUCUCUCUCCUCUCUUUCCUCUCUCUUUCUCUCUCCCCUAUCUUUUCCCCCACUCUAUCUCUCUCUCUCGUUCUAUAUAUCUAUCUAUCUAUCUAUCUAUCUAUCUAUCUAUCUAUCCCUAG